CCGAAGCCACGCGCCGUUGCUGUCGUCCGCUGUAUCCGCAGCGCCCACGCGAGAUCCCCCAAUUGUCUUGGGCCCUGUGCCUUGGCGUGUGUCACCACGGGACGCCUGUGCCUCUAUGUGAGUGUGUGUGCGCGUGCUCUGGAGGGUGUGAUGCGACAUGUGUUCCGGAUGAUUUUCCGAUCUGGUGCUGUUGGUUAUUGUUGCUGCAUUUCGGAUUACCUUCGUGCGAACUUACUGCGGGCAUGAGCGAAUACGAACGGAUACGGAGGGCGUGCCUGAAACGCGGCGAACUUUGGGAGGACCCCGAUUUUCCUGCCACUCAAUCGACGGUCUUUUAUCACCAGACGCCGCCGUUUCAAUUCACCUGGAAGAGACCUAAGGAUUUGUGCGCCAGGCCUGGAUUUAUUCAAGAUGGACCGGCACCGUUCGACAUUUCACCUGGAAAAAUGGGAGACAAGUGGCUGGUGUCAUGUCUGGGCGUUCUGUACCUGAACAAGGGCCUGUUUUACCGGGUGGUACCCGCAGAUCAGUCGUUCAGCGGCGAACAAUACUGCGGGGUGUUCCGCUUCCGUUUGUGGUGGUGCGGCGAAUGGACCGAGGUGUUGGUUGACGACCGACUGCCGACCGUCCACGGACGACUGGCCUUCCUCCAAACGCAGCAUUCCGACCAUUUUUGGCCGGGACUGCUCGAAAAAGCCUAUGCCAAGUUACAUGGUUCAUACGAGGCGUUGAAAUAUGGUUCGAUGUUGGACGGUCUCGCCGACCUUACCGGCGGCAUCACCGAGAGCAUACCAAUACGUCAGGACGCUACAUCCUGCGGACGUCUGCUGCAUAAAUUACUUGAUAUGACGUCCAUCGUUACGUGUGCCAUCCAGCCUCCUAACCAGCUGCGUACCCACACCGAAUCCACACCAACAGGCAUCCAAGUCGCUCUAAACUACCGCAUCUAUGCUCUCGAAAGGGUAGAAACCCUACAGGGCGAGGCGGUUCAGCUAAUCAAAAUCCGCAACCCCGUCGGUCCCGCAACAGAGUACAUCGGCGCGUGGUCGACGGAUUCCGUAGAAUGGUCCGAACUGAACGAUACGGAGGCGGAACGUGUCCGCGGCAAACUGGGCGACGGCGAGUUCUGGAUGUCCUACGGUGAUUUUGUGCAGACGUUCACCCACUUGGGCGUCGUGCAUCUGGACAGCGACACGAGCCGCGACGAACCCACUUUGCACAACAAAAACACGUGGCAAAUGCGCUUGUACCAAGGCAACUGGCUCAAGGGAGUGUCGGCGGGCGGUUGUCGCAACAACCCGGACACGUUUCACAUAAAUCCGCAACUGCAACUGUUGCUGAGCGAAUUGGAGGAGGUGGUGGUGUCGCUGAACCAACACAGCAUCAUGGAGCCGAAGGUGAUCGGAUUUUCCGCCUAUUCUCUGCCCAAAACCACAACGGAGACGAUUGGUAAAGCUUUUUUCAAGAAGAACAAGUCACUGCUCAACUCUCAGUACUCCAACAGUCGUCAGGUUAGUCAUCGGUGCCAGCUGGAGCAAGGGGGUUAUCUAAUACUACCCACAACCUUUGAGCCAGGUCAAGAGUCAGGUUUCACGCUACGAGUUUAUUCGUGUAAGCCACUCAAGUUGAAAUUGUUGGACACCGUGCCGUGUCAAAUUAAGUCAGCCGUGGUUAAAGCGCCACCACUUUUGGACGGCAAGAGCUUCAGUCAGUACGAGUCGGUUUUUCUGCAACUGGCCGACGAGCAUCGAACCGUCAAUGCGUUUGAGCUGCAGGAGCUGUUGGACGCUUGUUUGCCCAACGACUACAUCAAAAGUUGUGCCUCUAUUGAGGUCUGUCGACAAGUAGUCCUCACUUUUGAUAGUUCCGGUACGGGUCGAUUAAAGUUCGGAGACUUCAAGGACUUGAUGUGCAGCCUGAAGUUUUGGCAGACCGCGUUCAAAAAUCACUCGAAAGAGAAGACGGGCAUACUGAAAGCGGAACGUCUGCGGGAUGCCGUCCUCGAAGUGGGCUUCCAGCUCAGCAGCGAUGUUUUAGCUACGCUUAUUCUACGCUACAUGCGCAAAGAUGGGACCUUACGCUUCGGCGACUUCGUAUCCGCUAUAUUGCAUCUCACCGUUGCAUUCAAUAUAUUUGAGGCCAAGGAUCCUCUCCAAAAUGGCAGCGUCAAACUCAAUUUAGCAGAAUGGCUGAAAUCGUCCCUAACCUGCUGAACAAAAUCAAUUAGAUAGGAAAUUAAUUCUGUUUUGUACAUAUAUUAUUAAUGUAUAUUUUAAAAUAAUUAUAAUUAUAUAUAAUUGUAUUGUAUAUUUUUUAUAAAUAAAUUAUCUUACUUUACAAUGCAAA